AUGGCGAUGUUUAGCAGUGCUGAGCGGCUCUGGAACGAGUCAGACCGCCUUGGAUGGGACGAGAGGAACGAGAGCUCGGAGGCAUCAGGGCAGGACGAGCGCAACUACUACGCCAUGCUGUACUCCCUGCUCAUCCUGGCCAUCGUGUUUGGGAACGUGUUGGUGUGUCUGGCUGUGCUGAGGGAGCGUUCCCUCCAGACCACCACCAACUACCUGGUGGUCAGCCUGGCUGUGGCCGACCUGCUGGUGGCCUCGCUGGUCAUGCCCUGGGCCGUGUACCUGGAGGUGGUCGGCGGCGCCUGGCUUUUCAGCCGACUCUACUGUAACAUCUUUGUCACGCUGGAUGUGAUGAUGUGCACCGCCAGUAUCCUCAACCUGUGUGCUAUCAGCAUCGACAGGUAUACAGCAGUUGUGAUGCCCGUCUUGUACAACACCACUCAUCGCUCCAGGAAGAGAGUUUUUACUAUGAUUGCCACCGUGUGGGUCCUGGCCUUCGCUGUCUCCUGUCCCCUGCUGUUUGGCUUCAACACCACAGACGACCCUAUGGUGUGCUCCAUCUCCAACCCCGAUUUUGUCAUCUACUCCUCCGUGGUGUCGUUCUACCUGCCGUUCAUCGUCACUCUGCUGGUCUACAUCCGUAUCUACGUCUUCCUCAGAAUGAGGAGGAAGAGGAUCACCUUCGGACAGGCCAGCGGGAAGGUGCAGCCAGGCCCAACCCCGGUGUCUGUGGAGACCUGUUUGCAAGAAGAGACUCCAAAGACGAAGCAAGACCUGUCGCCUAUAAGGAUUAAAGUGAGUGUAGAACCAACGGGUCCUUCGAAGCCCAACCUGCUCUCAGGAUGUCUGUGGCGCAAACGCCCGAAGACGGGUCCGGUGGAGAACUCAGGGCUGCCCCCGGUGGACACGCAGAACUACUGCAGCAUCAGCCACGCCUCCUGCGGUCGCACCGAGUUAGACCUGGAGCAGGAGCAAAGGGAGCAGGACGCAGAGGAGAGCAACCAGGUCGAAUGUCCUCCCGUUAGGAUGAGCUGCGAGGUGAAGGACCUGUCCAACGGACGAACGCACACGUCGCUGAGGCCGAUGUCGCACAUGAACAACCCACGAUUCAGGAGCAUGCAUGCUCGGGAGAAAAAGGCCACUCAGAUGCUGGCCAUUGUGCUCGGGGUGUUUCUCAUCUGCUGGCUGCCUUUCUUUGUGACUCACAUUCUGAACACCCACUGCAGGACAUGCUACGUGCCUCCUGCACUUUACAGUGCUUUCACCUGGCUGGGGUAUGUCAACAGCGCCCUUAACCCUGUUAUCUACACGACCUUCAACAUCGAGUUCAGGCGGGCUUUCAUCAAGAUCCUCAGCUGCUGAGGAAGCAGGAACGGCGGGGACAUUAAUGUGGAAAUGAGGCUGUGCAUUCGUGCUCCAACUCAGGCACGGCACAUUUAGCAAGCAGUGACCACAGACGUACACAGGUCGCCAUCAAAUGGAGCAAACUUGCUUUGUAUCCUACAGGAGUUAAACAAUAGCAGCAAGUUGAAGCAUGGAAAUGGACCAACGCUGCAUUGUGCAAUAAACGCAAACAAAAGAGGAUUUUUCUUACUUUUCUGACUCCAACAAAGACUUUCUUCUUUCUCAACAGGGCUGGGAUUACAUUCGAACAGUGUUACUCCUCAAAUAAGACUUAUCACAUGCACACAGUCCUAUUGAUAGCUUUCUUGUGGAUAUGUCUUGUAUAUGGAUAUGUGUACUGCUCAUUGGCACAGUUCCUCAGUUCAGGACUUUGAGGUCGGUGCAAUUUUCAAGGCUCUUUGGAGAAAAAAUGGAGCUUUAAAGCUGACAAAUUGACCGUAGAGCUGCGGGCCACUUCAUCCGGAGGUCCACUGCCACCGCGCUGUGUGCAUUAACUGAUGUUCCUCACCUCCCCCACACACCCCCACCCUCAUCGCCACGACCAUCAGUUACUCACCAGUGCAUGCACGAGUCAAAUUUCAUGACCGUGUACUUGAGUUGUGCUGAAAGGAUCGUAUAGGUCCCUGCCAAGACUCACAUCAUUUCGAAGAUUGUCAUAUAUAUAUUGAUGUGAAGGCAUUGUGCUCAGUGUGGCUUCAUUAGAAUUAAAAAUGUGAGAUUUUGAUGUAAUGCACAGUGGAAAAAUUCUCAGUGUUUUUUAAAGGGACUGUCUGUUUACUGGCAAACCUCCCCAUGAUUUAGAGCUGCCUGCUGGCUGCUCUGAUGUAGGCAGAAGCUUUUCGAUCUUUACAAAUCAAACAGGAUUGUAAACUGUGAGGUGGGCAGGUCUGUCAUGGGCAGAGUAUUUACUGCAUUGUGUUGUAAAUAAAAAAAAAAAAAAGAGAGAUAUGAAA